AUGGCGGCGGUGGCAGCAACACAGAAGGCCCUCGACCCGGCGGCGCAAAGCGUAGGCACGCUAAAGAUCGAGAACACCGACAAGCGCGAUACCCUCAUAGCGUCGGAGAAGAAGUACCAGCAACAAUGGACCGAAUCGAAAAUCUUCGAGCAAGAUGCGCCGUCUCUGCAAGAGAUCCCCUUCCAGUCGAUGCCGGCAGCAGAGAUACGUAAGAAGCAUCCCAAGUACAUGGUCACCAUGGCGUAUCCAUAUGUCAAUGGCACGCCUCAUGCUGGUCACUCUUUCACCGCGAGUAAGCUGGAGUUCGCGAUCGGCUGGGCGAGGAUGAAGGGGCAGCGCGCGCUAUACCCGCAGGGCUACCACUGCACGGGUAUGCCCAUCAAAGCUUGCGCGGACAAGCUGGUUCGGGAGAUUGAGAUGUUCGGGCAGGAGUUCGAAAAGUGUCCCGUGGAUGAGGUGGUCGCAGAGGACGCCAAACCACCUACACAGCAGGCCAACGGCGCACCUCCGGCACCUACGCAGGAAACAACCAAGGAGGAUGUGACAAAGUUCACGGCGAAGAAGUCGAAAGCGGCCGCGAAAGUCAACGUCAACCUCAAAUACCAAUUCCAGAUCAUGCUGGCCAUUGGUAUCCCCAUCGAAGAGAUCCACCGCUUCUCUGAUCCUCAGUACUGGCUCGAAUACUUCCCUCCGCUCUGGAAGCGAGACUUGAACGACCUGGGAUGCCGUGUCGAUUGGAGGAGGAGCAUGGUCACCACAGAUGCGAAUCCUUACUACGAUGCUUUUGUGCGGUGGCAGAUGAAUCGCCUCAAAGAGAUGGGCAAGAUCAGGUUCGGCAAGAGAUACACUGUCUACUCGCCCAAAGAUGGACAAGCUUGUAUGGACCAUGACCGGCAGACGGGAGAGGGCAUCGGCGUGCAGGAGUACACGGCAAUGAAGCUGCGCGUGAUGGAGUGGCCUGAAGAGGCAAAGAAGAAGAUGGAUGGCAAGAUUCCAGAGGAUGGCAAUGUCCACUUCGUCCCUGCUACGCUACGGCCAGAGACCAUGUACGGACAGAACAGCUGCUUUGUCGGGCCUAGCUUGACGUACGGCAUCUAUGAAGUCGUGAAGGGGAAGGAGUACUACUUCAUCUCCGAUCGUGCCGCGCGGAACAUGGCCUUCCAAUCCAUCUUCCCGACCUGGGGUGUCUUCCCGAAGGUCGCGGAACUGCAAGGCUCUGAUGUCAUUGGUACCUUGGUGCACGCACCACUUUCAGUACACACGAAGGGCAUUCGCAUCCUACCCAUGGAGUCGGUGAAAGCGACGAAAGGCACCGGCGUUGUCACUUCUGUGCCUUCAGAUUCACCAGACGACUACGCGACAAUGCUGGAUCUGACGAAGAAGGCCGAGUACUACAAGAUCAAGCGGGAAUGGGCCGAGCUGGACAUUCUUCCCAUCAUCGAGACACCCUCGUACGGCAAUCUGACAGCGAAGCACCUUGUGGAGAAAAUGAAGAUUAACUCACCGAAAGAUGCCAAACAGUUGGCUGAGGCGAAGGAUCUAGCAUACAAGGAGGGCUACUACAAGGGCACGAUGAUUCAUGGUGAUUUCAAGGGCAAGAGUGUGGAAGAGGCGAAGCCACUCGUGAAACAGCAGUUGCUGGAUGCUGGCGAUGCGUUCAACUAUGCUGAGCCGGAUGGUCUGGUGAUAAGCCGGAGUGGCGAUGAGUGCGUUGCUGGUCAUCUCGACCAAUGGUUCAUGAAUUACGGCACACCCGAGAAGAGUGGUGACGAGAAGUGGCAACCUGCAGUGCUGGAGCAUGUACGAAAUGAGAAUGGCGAAGGGCUGAAUACCUUCUCGACUGAGGUCAAGAACGCGUUCGAGCAAGUGCUGUUCUGGCUCGCACAAUGGGCUUGCGCGCGAUCAUACGGGUUGGGCACUAAGCUGCCCUGGGAUCAAAGCCAGCUUGUCGAGAGCUUGUCGGACUCCACCAUUUACAUGUCUUACUACACUAUCGCCCAUCUCCUCCACUCCGACAUCUUCGGCAAAACCAAAGGUCCCGCCGGUGUCACUCCAGAUCAGAUGACUGAUGAAGUCUGGGAUUACCUGUUCUGCCGCAGUCAGACGCCUCCCGCCAACUCUAACAUCCCUGAAUCCUCCUUCCAGAUGAUGCGCCGCGAGUUCGAAUACUGGUACCCUCUGGACCUGCGAUGCUCCGGCAAGGACCUCAUCCAGAACCAUCUCACCUUCUUCCUCUACGUCCACAUUGCGCUCUUCCCGCCUGAGUACUGGCCCAAAGCUGUCAGAAUUAAUGGCCAUCUCAUGCUCAACGGCGAGAAGAUGAGCAAGAGCACCGGCAACUUCCUUACUCUCGCAGACGCUGUACGGAAGUUUGGUGCCGAUGCUACGCGUAUUGCGCUUGCGGAUGCUGGUGAUGGUAUUGAAGACGCUAACUUCGAAGAGACGGUGGCGAACUCCAACAUCCUCCGCAUGUACGAGCUGCGCAGCUGGUGCGAGUCUGUCGUGCAGGACGCCCGCCCACUCAAGGCUGGCGAGUCCUACAACGCAGUCCGCGAUGCCGAACGCCACAAGACUGUUGACUCCAUCCAACGCACCGGCGAGUUGACCUUCUGGGACCGCAUUUUCGAUAACGAGCUCAACGGCCUCGUCCGCGAAACCCGAGAGCAAUACGAGCUGAGCAACUACAAAGCCGCCCUGAAGUCCGGCCUCUACGACUUCAUCUCCGCCCGAGACUUCUACCGCGAAGCCACCAAAGCCGCAGGCGUCGGCAUGCACCAAGACCUCGUACGCCGCUACGUCGAGCUGCAAGCCCUGAUGGUCACAGUCGUGGCCCCCCACUGGUCCGAGCACAUCUGGCUCGAAGUCCUCAAGAAAGACACCACCGUCCAAAACGCCCACUUCCCCUCCGUCCCCGAACAAGACCCCAAGCUCGCCGCAGCGCGCGAGUACGUCCGCGCCACCAGCUCCGCCAUCACGUCCGCCGAAGGCGCACAGCUCAAGCGCAUGGCCAAGGGCAAGAGCAUGAGCUACGACCCGAAGAAGGACAAGAAACUCUCCGUCUUCUGCGCGACGAAAUACCCGAGCUGGCAAGACGCCAUCAUCGACACUGUGCGCGAGAACUUCAAGAACAUGAAACUCGACGUCGGCGCCGUGAGCAAAGCGAUGCCCAAGGCGGAGGCGAAGCGCGGGAUGCCUUUUGUGCAGCAGUUGAAGAAGAGUCUGGAGUCUGGGGUCAAGCCGGAGGAGGUGUUUGAGCGGAGUUUGUUGUUUGAUGAGGUUGACGUUUUGGGACAGAUGGUGCCGGGGUUGAAGCAGACGGUGGUGAAGUGUAAGGUUGUGGAGGUCGUUGGGGUGGAGGAAGGAGAGGGAGACAGCAAGAUUGGGAAGGUUGUUGCUGGCAGUGAGGGUGUGGAGAUGGGGGCAGAGAGGAAGGAGAUGGCUCCUGUAGCUUCGAGCGCAGUACCUGGGCAACCGACGUUCUUCUUUGAGAAUGUUUGA